CCAGCCUGCGCCUUUAAGGGGCGGUGAGGGGGGAACGAAGAGAGAGCAGGCAACAAGGAGCGAUAGCACCGGUGCAAACAGUAGCUGCAGGCGGCAGCGACGGGAUGGUAACCAGUGCGGGACAAGCAGUGAGCUCCUUAUCCAGAAUCGGACCGUUUGUCCAAUGAGCAGGAUAGCCAGCACUGAAAACCAAGAGGAAAUUAUCAGAGGAAAAAACAUUUUCAGCGGUCAUACCUUACAGCCGGAGCUGGGCUUUGAUCGCCUGGCUCGAGGUGAUAAGGCAGUUUUUGUUUGCUUUUUCCGUCAGAUUCUUUUAGGAUCAUAGACUGUUUUCCGAACUGUCCCGGAAAGUGCUCUAACAUUUUAAUGUACCAUGUUGGUUUGUGAAAUCCUGCUCAGAUCAGUGUUACAAAAUUUAAGAGCAACCUCUGAAAACCAACCGGGGGACAGACAGUUGGUGGCAUUCUGCUGAUAACAAAGUGUCUUGUCUACACCGGUCUUGGGAGUCAUUGUAUUUUCAGCCAUGAUCACAGUUUGUGAGACCCAAAGAGUCUGCCAACAAUCAAGACACCUGAACUGCUCUGUACUACUUUGAUUCAUUUCACAGGCCCUGUUUCUCGCUACCUCAUAAUACACCAGCAUUGACCUCGAGCCAUCCAUCUCCAGCAGUUCAACAGACGCAGAGAGCUCAAGUCCAGGUAUGGAAAUGGUGCUGGAACGCCAGAAGGCAUCCCCUAAACUCAUUGGUGCAAGUCAGGAAAAUGCAGACCUUGGAAGAAACUUGAAGGAUGUAAUGCCAGCUAUAGAGAAGCUACUGUCCACUGACUGGAAGGAGAAGCUUUUGGGAAGAGCUGCUUCAGAUACCAAAGACGUUAAAGGUACCCCUGAAAGCCUGGCUGAAAAAGAGCUACAGCUGAUUUUGAUGAUCAACCAGUUAUCAACAUUACGUGAACAGCUGCUAACGGCUCACUCAGAGCAAAAGAAUAUGGCCAGCAUGCUGUUUGAGAAACAGCAGCAACAGAUGGAACUUGCCAGGCAACAACAGGAACAGAUAGCAAAGCAGCAGCAACAGCUGAUUCAGCAGCAGCAUAAGAUCAACCUCCUUCAACAACAAAUUCAGCAGGUUAAUAUGCCCUAUGUUAUGAUUCCCGCAUUUCCUCCGAAUCAUCAGGCACUGUCUGCACCUCCUGACCCACCCAUGGGCCGACCCAUUCAACCAAUUCCCUGCAAGCCAGGUGUGGAUUAUCCAGUCCAGGUUCUGCACACAUCAGCUUCUUCUGCUACAGUGAAAAGGCCAAGUCCUGUCCAUUUACAGGAAUCCACACAGCCACUCAAUCUUACUGCAAAACCUAAAAGUGCUGAUCUUGCCAAAUCAUCAAGCUCACCCAACCUCAAACUGCAUGCUGGUCCUUUACCACAGACCUAUCUGUCUCAGAUGGAUCUACAGUCGAGCCCCCCACGAUCUGGCUUACCAUUAGGGUUCUUGGGAGAAGGUGAUGCUGUGACCAGGGCAAUCCAAGAUGCUAGACAGCUGCUUAGGAUGCACAGCGGCAGUAUGGAUGGCACAGUUUCACACAGCUAUUGCAAGGACUAUUCAUUGACAGAUUCCUGUACAGUAAAAGAACGAGAGGAAGAGACAAACCAUCACCGAUCUGAAGAUUCCUUCUUUAAUUCUAGCAGUGAAUCUGAAGCUAGCUUAUCCCUUUCAGGUUCAAGGAGCUUCCUGGAGUCCAGAAACAGCAAUCAUAUCAAGCGACCCAUGAACGCUUUCAUGGUAUGGGCAAAGGAUGAAAGGAGGAAGAUUCUUCAAGCCUUUCCCGACAUGCACAAUUCUAGCAUCAGCAAAAUAUUAGGGUCACGGUGGAAGUCAAUGUCAAAUCAGGAGAAGCAGCCAUAUUACGAGGAGCAGGCUCGACUGAGCCGACAACACCUGGAGAAGUACCCAGAUUACAAAUACAAGCCCCGCCCCAAACGAACUUGCAUUGUGGAAGGUAAAAAGCUUCGGGUGUGCGAGUACAAGGCAUUGAUGAAGAACAGACGUCAGGACACAAGGCAGGGUUACAUAUUAAGUCAGCAGGACCAGUUACAGAUCCGAAAUUCAGAAGCCCUCUAUCCCUCAUCAGUUGCCAUGACGACAGUGUCACUUCCACAGCCACUGAUGGAGCGCUACCUCCCAUGUAACCUGGACCCCAAUAUGCCUGUCAUCAUAAAUGCGCGUAGCUUGAAGUCAGAAGGGCGAAAUCAUAAAGAAGCAAAUCUUUCUCACAGCAAGAAUGGUGAAUCCAUUCGGUACAGUGAGGGGGAUGAUUCUGAGACAGAAUAUAAAACUGAUGAUGGAGAGCUUGUUGUCCUUACUGACUAAUGGAGAGGUUUUCACUAAGGGUUUCGCGACAGAUGUAGUGUUACCUCUAUUGCCGACAAUGGGGCCUCCAUGUAGGAGUGGAAUACAGACAUGCUUGCUUUCACAGUGAACAUAAUGAGCAUUUAAUAUUUUGCUUGUUUUUAGAAGAGGGUUGCUUAUAGACUUAACUUGUCAGAACUUUGCAAGGAAUCUGGGGGUGAAGCACUUCUCCAUCCAGAGACUUGUGUACUUAAAAUUUUGAAAUCAUUUCAUUUUAAGCCUUGCAGGUUCGACUUUUUACAGAAAAUACCAGCAUGGACAGAAUGUGUAUGGACGUCUUUAAAAAAAUCAGGCCUUAAAGAGUAGCAGUUUACAAAAGGUUUGAACCCUUGUAUUUUCAGGGUAAAAGCUCCAAACCCAAUGCUGUUAGCACAAGAAAUACUGUGACUUGCUGGAUGAAACACCUGAAGAGUCAAACUGAAAUGUAAGUCAGUGGAAUGCAUCCUGGAGAACUACAUCCAUAGGCACACCCUUCUUUUUCAGCAGUUAAAUCCAGCAAGAAGUCUCUCUCUUUUUUUUUUUUUUUUUUGAGUGGAACACUUUGUUUUUUCUGUUUCAGUUUUGUAUAUUAUUGUAAUGGUUUUGAUGUAUAUAAUGAGUGGUCAGACGUUUGUAAUCUGCCGUUAUGUUGACAACACUGGACACUGCCACCUCCUUUUCCUUAGACAUAAUUGGGUUCUAUUUGCAUUGACCCUAAAGAGCAGUUUCUCUUUGGGGUUAAUGAUACAGAAUUGCAGGUGUAUUUGUUUUGGGGAGGAAACAACACUGGACAUAAUAUUUAUAUUUUAUCAGGAGUGAUGUAAUUGGAUUUAAGAGGAUUGAAUAUUAACAUUAAAAAUGACAUUUUGUAUUCUCUCAGAGAAUAUAAAUAUAUUUUAAACAUAAGGUGUUUUAUUGGUAUUCUGGCACUUAACUGCUAGCAUUGUUUUCUGCUAAGGUAAAAGUCUACUGGAUUCUAUAGGUGACACAGUGAUAUAUUGGUGACAGUUACAGAAGAAUGAUUUCCACUGCGAGUAUAAUGACUUUGAACCCCAUUAAAUGUUUAGGAAAAGCAUCUUGGCAUUUCACUUCAGUGAUCAGUUUCUGUUACUAUAAGAACAUUGCCUUUAUUAGUCAGUGUCUGUUAGUGCCAUGACAGUUCACUAUCCUGUUAGCACAACUGAAAGUGACUUGUGUUUCAGGUUAUAUGUGAAUAUGUGACCAACUUUAACACAAACAUCGGUCAGUACUUGUUGACAAAAGAAAGACCAGCAUCAUCCAAGGCCAUAUAAGAUUACUGACAAGGGAAAGCCACUUGGUGUAUCUUCUUGAAACUAAGCAUAGCCUGUAUAGAAAGCAGCCCCUAUGUGAAUUCCCCCAUAGUAAGAGUCCAGGAACAGGGCAGUUGGUGACCAUCAUAGGCUUCCAGCAGAACGUUAAGACAUGCAUGUCUUAUCACGUUUGGUUUGUUCUCACUUGUUAAUUUAGUCAACUGUUACAGAGGAUGGGCCUGCUAGCCAUAUAUUCCAUACUGGCCAAAUUAUCAGAUAUAAUUCACACUAGCAAGCUGGUUCUUUAUUCAUUAGCCAUGUGUGUCAGUCAGAGUUGUUGUCCAGUCACAUAUCAGUCCUUUUUUAUUGACGCCUGUGUUUGUAACAUAAGUUCAGAGUGUAGACGUUUAACUGAAGGGGUUCCAGAGCUUUUCACUUGAUGCUAUUUUCAUAUCUUUUUACUGUUCAUUAUAAAUCCUUUCUGACUUGUUCUGUGUGUCACUAAUCAGUGGUGUUUGGGUUUGUCAGUUCAUUGUUUGCUGUUUGCAUACUCUGGCUGUAAAAUCCCUAGUACACUGCAGGUAUUUAUUUGAGUUAAUCUGUUCUGCCUUUUUCUUUGGCCCUGUAUUAAUGGUAUUACAAUGCCUUGCUUAUAUGUUUAGUAUAGUAGUCAAACAAAUGGUUCUGUUGAUGGAGUAUUGCUGCUUUACACAGUACCCACACAACAACACUGUCUUAUACUUACAGCCCAGACUACAGUAUCACAGUCUGUAUUUUUUCUGUGUAGUUGACUUAAAAGGAUAGCUGUCUGAAGUCUUCAUAAGUGUGUGAGAGGAAAAAACUCAAGGAAACUAAUAAAACAGGUUUAACCAUCAGCCAUUUGAUAAAAGAUAGCAUGCUGUGGUUGGAGAAAGCUGGAAGUGUGCAAAAGCUACGAUAGUGUAGCAUAUCCCCAUUGUAGCAUUAGGCCUGCUGAAGUGGUAAAGCUGUGUGUUAAGUAUUCAGUGAUAAUCCAUCAUUAUGAAGUUGUACACUUGGAUCCUUUGUUGACACAACUCCCUUUCACUACAAGAGAUGUGGAGGAGCUUGACCGUCUUGAGCUGGGCUACAUUAUAAAACUGUCUCCCACCCCGAGACAAGUUGAUGUGCAUAGCCAGUGUAGUAAAUUAGGGUAGAAUUUUUCCCCUGUAUCUCUCUGUGCUUUACUUAUUGCAUUCAGCCAAGGAGGUAAACUAUAGGGAUUUGGUGCCAGUUUGUUCUAUAAACAUACCUGUUUUGGAAACGUGCUAUCAUAUAUUCCAUUUGUGCCUUUUUUUGUGAUGAGGUCAAUGGGCUGUGUGUUUCAGAGUUUCUGAGUUGCUGUUUAUGUUGUGUUCCUUGAGCAUUUACAGGUUCAUCUUUUAGUAGGAAUCAUGACCUACUACAGCAAUGUAUGCCAUUUUAAAGGUUGAAAAGUUGAUGACAUUAUUAGCUUAAUUGAGUUAUACCACUUUGGGGUUCCCUCAUUGAGUUUAGCUUAUAAAAAUAUGUUAUUGUAGUGGGUUAAUACAUAAUGUUGCAUUAUUGAUAAUAUUAUCACAACACUGUCUGACUCUUUACUUGUUCACCCCUCAAUUUCACUGUGGCAGAGAAAGGGCUCAUCCUUACUUUGGUAUCAUUACAUUCUUUUCUGUUGCUCUCUCUGUAUAGAUAAUUAAUGCUUUAUAGCUUUUUAAUAUCUUUAAAGAAAUGUAACCUAAAGCUUUUAUUCUGAUGCUCUGUACAUGUUGUAUACAUCUUUGGAUUGAUAACUCAGGGAAAUGCAAACUUUUACCUUAACAAUUUGUCUUAAUAUAAAGGAAAUGAUCCCGACCCUACCAUGCUGUAUUGUUUUGAAGGUAGCAGAGCUCCAUAUUCCAACAGGUUUAAUCCCUUGAGCUCCAUGUACUUCAGAGGAAUUUCCAGAAGAGUGGGAGGAUAUGUACAUCUCAUUUGUAGUAGAAACUGCCCAUGUUACUGAUGCAUUUUUGCAUUUUCUACUUUUUAAAACUAUUCGGUGGCUUUAGGAUUUUCUUUAUAUUUUUUAAUAACGGCCCUUGAAACUCGUCAUCAGUUUGUCAGCACACCCUUUAUAUAGACUGGCAUACUGCUGUUAACCUGCUAUUAUGAGGCUCAUGUGGAUCAUGCCUUAUUCAAGUCAUUGGAGCUUCAGUAGUACAUGGUGUUUAAUGUCCAAUAGUGACACAUACCAAUCGAGUUAACAGUUUGAUUUAGAAAAUAAACUGAGCAUACUUAUUUUUUGUUAAUGAUAUGUAGCCAUUAUAAGAUAUUGUAGCCAAGGGGUCCAUGUCAGGUAAUUCCUGUACAUACCUGUUAGCUUACCACACCUGAUGGUACUGUUAAGGAGUGACCAUAAAACACCAAAAAAUACUGCAUCUCCAAGUUGGUACUAGUGAAACCUGUAUUAGAAGGCAGUGCACCCAAGUAUCAAAAAGGGGAAUUAUUUCCCAAAAUUGUGUUCCUAAAGAUACUGAGACUGAGGUAAGCACCAACUUGGAGAUACAUACUUAUGACGAUGCAUUAUAAAAUAUUAGAGAGUAAAUUUAUUGCCCCCCUACUGAACUGAUUGAGCAGAUGUGUCUGACACUUGAAAUUCGUCAUUUCAUAUCAGGACACUUUUCCAUGUGAAGAUGGCGGGUAUAAAAUACUGACAAACCAGAACUUCAGAAACUGCCCUUAGAAGUUAUAAUGGAAAUCCUGAAGCUGCUGCUUAGUUUUAAACAACAAAAAUUAAAGUGCUGUGUGCCUGAAGACAGCAGCUGUGUUGUGGUCAUUGAAUGCCCUCAUCAGAGGUGUUGUGAGCUGUACAGGAACUAGAUACAGCCCUCGGUAACUGCCUUUGGAAUUGUUAGGCAUAAAGUCACUUACUUAGAAGGGGAAGGGAGGAAGUUGUUUUACACAUACUGUUAACAUUUUCCAGCCUGUUAACAAUUAAUCAAACAACCACUGAAAGACCAAACAUAUUGCAAUGGAACCACAAAAGGAAGGCACAGUCUUCAAAUGAAAAUGUUUAUUCACUUCUCACACACU